AUGGCGGACGUGGCGGCAUGCAUGAAGAAGGCGGAGGAGGCGGAGGAGAAGAUCGCGAGGCUGAAGGAGACGGUGAAGGAGAUCAGUGCGCUGCUAGCAGAAACCAGCUCCAGCGCUCCUUCCCAGGAUGAGGGCCCAGCCUUGCAGAAGGCGGUCGAGGGCCACAAGCUGCUGGAGGAGCAGAACGCCAAGAUGGCGUACCGCAUCAAGCACCUCCUUCGUGCCAUCGACCCCUCCUUCGCUGCUUCGGUAGAGGCCUCAAGCGCUCCUGUGGACCUGUCGGUGAGGAAGGGAAGCUGCUUAGCUGGAACGGUGUGGAAGUAGAGGAAGGGUGAGAGAAGGAUGGCAAGGAGGAGGAUGGUGAACAUGCGGCGAACGUUUAAUGCACGACAACUUAAGCAG